UGACAGUCAGCUGACCUUUGCAGACUCCAGACCAGAACCUGAACCCUGCAGACUCCAGACCAGAACCUGAACCCUGCAGACCGGAUCCAUCACAGACCGGAUCCCCGCUGAUCAAAGGUUCGAUCCCCGCCUGACCCGGAUCCCCCUGGUUCUGUAUCUGUCGGAUCCUCCUGGUUCUCCGUAAACCGGAUCCUCCUGGUUCUCCGUAGACUCCAGACUCUCUGUGCCGAUCAGAAGCAUCGAUCCGAUGGCCGGACGCGGGAAGCUGAUCGCGGUGAUCGGGGACGAGGACACCUGCACCGGGUUCCUGCUCGGGGGGGUCGGGGAACUCAACAAGAACCGCAAACCGAACUUCCUGGUGGUGGAGAAGGACACCAGCAUCACGGAGAUCGAGGACACCUUCAAGAGCUUCCUGUCCCGUAAAGACAUCGGGAUCAUCCUGAUCAAUCAGUUCAUCGCCGAGAUGAUCCGCCACGCCAUCGACGGUCACAUGACCUCCAUCCCCGCCGUGCUGGAGAUCCCGUCCAAGGAGCAUCCGUACGACGCCUCCAAGGACUCCAUCCUCCGCCGCGCCAAGGGCAUGUUCUCCGCCGAGGACUUCAGAUAGAUGCUAUAUAACAAUAACAAUAAUAAUAACAAUAAUAAUAACAAUAACAAUAAUAUUAUUAAUAUUAUUAUAUUAUCUAUAACUGUCUCCAUCAUGUUCUCCGCCGAGGACUUCAGAUAGAUGUUAUAUUAUUAUUAUUACUAUUAUUAAUAUUAAUAUGAUGAAAGUAUUAUCUCUAGCCGUGUCAUGUUGUUGUUGUUGUUGUUGUUGUUGUUGUUGUUGUUCUCUUCAUUCCUCUUGUUGUUCCUGAUGAAUCUAAAGUUUUUCUCUGAGAAAACAUCUCGAUGUUUGAUUGUCGUGAUUUUGUUCCAAAUGUUUAACUUAUAAAAUAAAAAUAAAAUAAAUGUUGUUGUUGA